AUGGCUUCUCCCGAUUUCGCCAAAAUCCUUCAAAGCUCUUACGGCACGCCGUUUCCUGGCCUCCUCGAGCAUUUUUUUCCUCAGCAUGACUACGACGCGAUCCUGGAAGGAGUGAACGCCAUUCCGGAAGCCGAGGUCGAGGCUCGUAUGAAGUUCCUUUCGGGCAAAGUUCCGGGCCUUCCGCUGCUGGCCGAUUGCCUUGCCAAAGAGGCAAAACUCAAGCGGAAGCGGGAGCUGAAUGCGACGCUCCUCAACAAUCUCGGCCCUGACGAGCCCGGCAUCAACGCUCAAGUUCCAUGGCAAUCGUCUCUCGCCUACAAUGGCGUAUUCGACAAUCUGCUGGCCAAGUCUCCAGUCUUGACAAAGAAAGACAUCGAAGAGGCGAAAAACAUUCCUGCUCCAAGCGGAGGCAGGGCCUAUCUCUUCGAACUUUUGAAGAUCAGGAGUAGCACUGGCGAGGUGACUGAAUGGCAUUGGCUCGCCAUUGUGGUUACCAACGAAGGCGAGACCUACUUCCUUGAGGGCGUCUGGAACCUCUACACGGUUGAAACUGCGAAUAAAAACAGAGAUGUGCUCGCCGAGUUGUAUGGGGACAUCACCAAGAACUUCGAGAUGAUGCCCGCACCCGAGACAACCUUCCAACAACUCCACGGCGGUACAGCUAUCGGCCCCGAAGACUUGACGCUUGGUGGCGAAUACUCGGCCGAAAAAACCUAUGCAAUGAAUUCGCAGAAGGCUUUCGGUUGGGACCCUGUCAAGAACGGACGGCCCUUCUGGUCAGUCAAGCACGUUCUGGAGUAUAACGAUCUGUCACCGGAGCGGCUUCAGCACUUCAUCGCAGUAACCAGCCUCGUGAAAAAGAGCAACGACAAGGGUUCGCCCCUUAGCACCGGCACUCACUACAUCCUGAACUCCUGUGUCACUAUCAUCAUCGCCGCCCUGUUUUACGACGACACCGAGCUUCAAAACAAGCCGCUGCAUGAGCUGAUGGUCGGGCUCGCCAAAAAGGCUGACCACAUCCACGUGUCGGAUGACAUUACAACGACGGUCGAUCAUUUCCGCACCGAACAAUCCCGGUUCAGCACAACCACUCCUUCCGCGUUUGCCGAACACGUUGGAAAUACGAUGGAAAUGAAAACACUUCGUCAGAGCCAUGACGGACAGCCUCCCUCUAUCUCCUGCUACUUCGCCAAUCAUCAGGUUGCGCAGACCCCAGCCAUCGCCGCGCUCUUCGGUAUCGCAAUGCAACUCACCACGCAGGCAUUGGAAAAUAUGGUGGUUGCUCUUCCCCGCAGGAUCACCAGUGUCUAG